CGACAUUAUGAAUAUUUUGCACAGAAAAUCAGAUUAAAUUAUUUUUGUGCGUAAGUGUAAAUGGUUAGCUUAUUCGGUUAUUAUUAACGAAUUUAUAUCCUAAAAACACAUUUGUGUUUGGGCUAAUAUGGCUAGGCCUAAUCUAGCAAACGAGUCUAACUACUAUUACUAAUAAUGAUAAAGAAAUAGUAAUACUAAUAGUAUUAGUAGUUUAGUGCUUAUACCAACGACAUAAAAUAUUUGAAGAAUCUUUUAUUGACUUCUGUUGAAAAAAAAUCACGUUUUGAAGCAGAGGUCAGGUUUUUUACAAAUCUGUCAUCAUGCCUACACUGAUUGAAAGACCAAAAAUGAGCCUAGCUAUGUGGGCUGCAUUAAAAAGUCAUAUAAUGAGACAGAGAGAAAAGAAAAAACAAGAGCAAGAAGCAGAUGCUGCAAUAGAGAGAUUAAGAAGAGAACAAGAAAUGAAACAAAAACAGAAUGCUAUGACAUUAGAAGAAAUAAAAGAUCAGGUUGCAAAGCUGAGCCAUAAAUUGAUUCAACUGAAAGAUGAAAAACAUCAGCUCUUUCUCCAGCUGAAGAAAGUUUUGAAUGAAGAUGAAACAAGAAGAAAAGUUCAGGAAGCUAAUGACUUAGCAGCCUUGGGUCAUGGUUUCCAACAACAAGCAAUUCCUUUUGGUCCAUCUCCUGUUUAUUUAUCAGGAGCAGUAAAUGCUCGUUCAGCUAGUAGUAUGUACAAAGUUACUGCUCCUCCUCAAAAUGUGAUACCUCAGGGUGCCAUGAAACGUCCUCGGAGUCCUUCUCCUCCACCUAUAGGCUAUCAACAAAAUUACAACUACAAAGUUCAGGUUACAAAUUAUGGACAAAAACCCUCCACAUUUCAUGGAAAUCAAGGCCCAACUUACUUUACUCAUCCACCUUCUGCCACAACUCCAUCUGGUGGUCAACCAAGCCAGGCAACUCCAACUCCAUACCCUGGUUUUGGCACACCCCAUCCUACAGGACAGUACCCACAGGAACAAGGUGGAAACACAAAACACCUUCCUCCACAAGGAUACCAUUUACCCCACCUUCAACAACAGGCUCCUGGUUAUGUAACAUCUUUACAACAGCCAUUAGAGCAUUCCAGUCAGAAACCUGGAUUCAAUGAAGAGAAAUAUGUUCAGCAGUCAGGAGUAGUAUCAAUGAGAGGUGUACAAUUAGCAGGAAUUCCUUCUGGUCAGCAAGUUAUACCUAUUCAGCAACAGCCUAAACCUGGAGGGAUCACUGCUGGUUACCCUGUUAGAGCUCAACCACCUCCACCAUCAUCAGUGGCUCAUUACCAACCUCAGCAUGGAUUUCCUUCAACACAAAAUGUCUCUCGUCACAACUUCUCAAACCAGCCGACCACAAGGUAUUAUUAAUCAAGAAAGAAA